AUGGCGCCCCCAAACGGCAAUAUGAAGUCUCGUCGACCUGGCGGGAGCAAGCUUGCUCAAUCCUCCAAGCCCGUCAUUCCUGCUAUCCCACUGCCCCAUGUAAAGCGUCAGGCAGCCACUGCUGCUGCUCGGGCUAGUACUGCAUCCUCCACGACGAUCCAGGAACCUGACGCGCUCUCGCCCCCCGCAUUGAAGCUCACGAACGGCCAUGCACCUGCGGAGAUCAAUAAGGACGACAAGGCAGAUAAAGUGGCAAGCACAAUCUCGAGUCCGGCUUCUACUGCAGCUUCCAAGACUGAAAAGGCGAAUACUGGGACAAAGACUGCUGAACAUCAAGAGACAAACAACAGCGCCACUGACCCAGCCAAUGCCCAAGAUUCUUCUGCUGUCGCAGCUGCCUCCGAACCUGCAACCACCACCAGCGAAAUUGAAGACGCCCACAAAAACCCCGAAGUCUCAGGCCAUUCUGAUCAGCCCACCUCCAAGAAUCAGGCGAAUGUUGCGGCAAAACUUUCCGACAAGGAUCCUGUUGGCGAGAAGCCCAAUGGUGUUGUAGACAAGAGUGAGGCCAAAUACCAGCCCGGUGAGGCAUCUCAAGGUUUUGAAGGUUACCCCAAGACUCGUGGCUCGAAUGUAGAACACCACCAAACUUCAAAGCUCAACAAGUCUCGUCCUCCCUCGGCUGUGCCACCGAGCCGAUACCAGAUGCCUCCCUCCUUCCAACCUUCUGGUCGACCUCUUGGACCAACUACGAACGGUGACCUGCGUGGUCCUCGUCCUCCGUUGCCUAAUGGCCCGCCUGUGCACCAGCCACACCCAAGUAACAGUAGCAUUCAUUUCGGCGCCUUUCACGAUUCGACAAGCUCGUCUCCCGCUCCUUUAUCUGGUGGUAUUGCUCCUCCUCCUGGUAUGCCAGGUCCUGAUGGUCGACCUCCCUACAUGGCCCCUGGUGCCAAUGGAUUCCCUCCCAUGAUGCCGUAUGGCGCAGACCACGUUCCAGUCACCACUUUCGAUAACUACGGAAGACCAACCAUGGCUUACGGACCGAUGGAUUCCUUCCACCCUUAUGCUAGCAACUUUGGCCCCUCUACCCCUCACAGUUAUCACGAUUCACAGGCAUCCAUUUCUCUGGAUGAUGCCAGCAUGUACAAUCAGUUUCAUCCAGGUCCAGUACACAACGGCGCUUCAGGCCCAGGUGAGGAUACACAAUCGCCAAACCACCAAGGCAGGAUGUUUGGAGGCCCUGAAUACCAGCGAAUGAUGCCAAAUGCCGGCCCUCCUCCGCACAUGAUGUCUCAAAUGGAUGAUGCUGAGAGCUUAAUUGGCCACAUUCAGCAACAUUUUGGAUCACCUGAAGUUGCUGACUGUGUUUUGGAGCUUCGAUACGCGGAUGACAGAAGCGCUACAGUUCGCAUCCCAGGUCAUAGGAUCCUCUUUUCUCGCAGCGCUGAGCUUGCAGCCGUGAUGUCCAAGCAGUUCUCUGGACCAAACUCCAACGCUCCCUCUCUGCCUACCGCCGUCCUCGAAACCAAGAGCAAGUGGAUCCGCUCCGAUUCGUUCUAUAUCGCUGUGCAGCGUCUUUAUGGAUUGCCACUAUUUACCCCUCCUCCUAGUGGAAUGAAGCAACCUGCUGGAACUGAUGCUACGACUUUGAUGGAAAGAUUUGAUUUUGCACUCUCGUACGCUGCAUCUGGCCAUCUCCUCCGCUGGGAUCCAGUUACUCGACGUGGAUGUGAGAUUGCUGUGCAGCUUUUGAGCUGGCAGACCUUGGAAAAGGCACUGGAGUUCGCCUUGGAGGAUUCUCGGGAUGAGGGGUCAUAUGAGGUGUUCAAGUACGGCGAUGGAUCUCGAGCUAUUCUGAGUGGAAUUGUCUCGUUCCUUGCCAAUAACCUCCACCCAACCUUUAGAAUUGACACUUCAGUUACCGACCUGCCGAACUAUGCCCGUCUUCCGCCUCAGGCUGCUUCGACUAACAGUGCCACUGUCCGGAAACUCUCACCCCCACCUAUCGCUAGAGGAACUUCUGUCCAUCUCGGUAAGGGGCGUCGGUCUCAGCAGAUCUCUGGUAUCCAGUUUGGUGACCUCUCCUUGACUGAGGGCAAGAUCUCGCCAGCCUCGGACGCUUCAGGUGCCUCUCAGCAACAGCGAAUGCCAUUUUACGCCAUCCUCUCUCGGGUGCUUCUCAACCUUCCAUUUGUCACUCUCAAAGAGCUGCUCGAAUCUGCAACCAACAAAGGCAGCGGAUGGCCCAACGCAGAAGCUGUCUAUCGCGCGGUUCAAGAGACAGUGGCCGAGAGAGAGCGACGUCGCCUGAGGAUUGUCGAGCUUGUCAAGUCUCGCCAAGUCGCAGGCUGGGAAGUCAUCUCACAGCAGCUUUCCAAAACGACACCGCAAUAUGUUGGCCGCUGGAGUGCCCUAGGCUGGCAAGAAGAGAUUCUUCCCUUUGGGCCAUCAGACAGCCCGGUUCUGGGUCGCACUUGGGUUCCCUUCAUGAACUCUCAGGCAGGCUCUCAGGCAGCAUAUCCUUGA